AUGACAGAAGGAUUGCAGAAAUUUCAAACAGAAUUUAUUUCAUAUAUGAGACGUGACAAUCCAUCCUUAUUGGAAAAUUCAGCUUCACCCUUGACUCAUGCUCAGCAAGGACACAUUGAGAUAAAUGAUCCUCAUGAUGCCGAUGCUCCUCCCGUCUCUGAUACUUCAACGGAGUCUUCAACUCAUGGUUUAGCUGAGCGAAUAAGUUCAAAUGCUGAUUUUGUACCAGACCCGGAGCAGCCAGUUGUCAGUGACCCAACCGUGCCAGCGUACCGUUAUGGACGUCAGAAUUCUGAUCCGAGAGGGCCACAUCGACAAUUCCGUGAGGAUGUACCCACAUUCACUCCCACGCAAAGAUCGCAGCCAGUGGACACUCCCCUGUAUACUGACGAAAACCGACAACCACCUCCAACAGGUAGGUCAUUUCCCAUAUACAAUGAGUCACACAUUACCUGCCCCCAGCCGCCCACCCGUUUUCAAUCAUAUGAUGGAAGUACUAACUUCUAUUCAUAUUACGUAAAAUUAUGUUGCGUUGCUGAGAGCAAGGGAUGGGGAGUCAAAGAAAUCUACGAAAUUAUGAUCAAUUCACUAGAAGGUAAAGCCCUUGACGAGUUUGUAAAACUACCACCUAACGAAAGGAUGCACCUGUACAGUGUUGUAGAUACCCUUAUGAAAUGUUUCGGAAAAACUGAAAAUUCAUCAUUGGCGCGAACAGAACUGGCCGCUAUAAAACAAAAAGAAAACGAAAGCUACGAAGAAUUUGGCUCACGUGUGAGAAUAUUAGCGUUGUCUGCCUACCGUGGUACUGGCCUAUUCAAUCAAAUGGCCACUGAAUCGUUUUUACGUGGGUGUUCAGAUAAAGAUUUAGUGGGAAAAGUGAUGUGCAUGAGACCUAGAACAUUAGAAGAGGCAGUCGAAAAUGCCCGUACGUGUGGAGCAAAUAUGCAAAUUUUGGGGUUACGCAAUGAAAAUUGUAAUAAGCAAGUGCGCAAAGUUACUUUUAAAGAACCCCAGUCUCCAUGUACAGGUCAUAAUGAGCAUCAAAAUCCACCAAAUGUGAGUCGCGUUCAGUUUUCACCUCGUAGCUUGAGUCCUAAUCGGACAGAAUCAUUUCAGUCCAUUGAUACAGAACAGAGGUUGCAAAACAUUGAAUCAUCGUUGUUAGAAUUGAUUCAGUUAUUCCGUCAGUCCGUGAACCAAACACAAAAGGGCAAUGACGCUCAGUUUGGUACACCCCCUAGGGGCAUCCCCCGGUGCUAUAAUUGCCAUGAAAUGGGUCACAUAAGCACCAAUUGUCCCCAGAAAAACAGUGAUUCGUUAAACCGCAACAGGUCGCCUGUGCGGUCCAACAAUCGACCUCAACUGCAGAAGGACCAAAUCUGA